ACCUAAUAUUUGAAAUACUAUUUGAGUGACGAUCGCAAGUGUCGAAAGAGUUUAAACUUCCUGGUUGGGAAUUGAAAAAGUGAAGACUUAUGGGAUACAGAAUAUUCAGAUCUCCAUAGGCCAUGAAAUCAAAACAUACUGAUAAAUGUUAACAAAUAUUGAAAUGAUUUAAACAAAUCAAAGAGUCUUCCAUAAAGUGGAUAAUUCAGCUGCAUAAAUCACAAUGGCUUCGAACUAUAGGACAGCAUUGAAAGAUUCAGUGUUAAAUGCCUCUGAUGAGAUACAUGACUUUUCCUGCUCUGUGUGUAAAGAUGACAAUCUCAACAUUGAGGCCAAGCAUUUCUGUGGGGACUGCUCAAAAUAUUACUGUGACCAGUGCCUGCCUUUUCAUGCCAAAAUACACAAGCGCCAUGUUGUGUUGGGCCGUAAGGAAGUCGACAAGUGGGUGGGGCAAGAUAACGCACUGGUAAUGUGCGACCUUCACCCUUCAAAGGUCUUGGAACUCCUGUGUGAGGAUCACGAUGAGCUCUGUUGUCCCCUCUGUGUGUCACUUAACCAUAGGAUGUGCAGAAGCAUCAGCCUGAUAUCUGACCUGGCCAGGGGCAUACACAAGAUGGCUGACUUCAAGCAGCUUCCAUCCAAUGUAACCAAGGUAACAGACAGCCUCAACCAGGUGACAGAGGCCAGAAAGAAGAACCAAAACUCUCUCAAGGCUUCAGGCAAGUCCAUGUUGACAAAGAUCAAGACUCUGAGGUCUUCACUGAACCAGCUGCUAGAUGAGCUUGAGAAAAGGACAGUGGAACAAAUGGACAGUGUCCUGGCUGACCUGGAUGAGUCACUACAGAAGGAUAUAGACCACUGUGACCUCCUACAUGAACAGCUCAAGGCCAUACUGGACACCGUCCAAGCCCCAGGAAAAGACAGUGAAUCUAGCUCUUACAUUGGUCACAGGAAAUGCCGGGAAAAGAUGGAAGAGGCAAACAAACUUCUCCAGGAGAUAGCCACAAAACCAGAGGUGACUGUUACUUUCGAGCCUGAAAGCCAAGCUAAACAACUGCUUUCAGACCUGAAGGCACUGGGAAACAUCAAGAGGUAUCCUGAAACACAGUUUGAACAAUCAUCUCAACAGAUCAAACCCUCUGGUAUAUCCCAUCCGUUCAAGGUGAUAGGAACGAAAAGAUUUGCAGCCACAGUAUCGACAGACAAGAAUGUCUGUGAUAUUCGUGGUAUUAUACAACUUCCAGGAGGAGAUAUUGUCCUUGUAGACUAUAACAAUUGCAGAGUUAAGGUUUUGGACAGCGAAUACAAAGUGACAGACGACUGUGAUCUCCCUGAAUAUCCACAGGACAUCUGCCACAUCUCAGACCAUCAAGUAGCUGUAGCUGUUGGGUGUGGGACCAAAAGACAUGAGGUCCACUAUCUCACAGUGUCAGCUGGCACUAUCAAGAUGACCAGGAAGUUCUCAGUUGACCAUAAAUGUUACUCCAUCAGCCACCAUGAGGGCCAGCUGUAUGUGGGUUCCCUCACUGCCCUGUACCUCUACACCACUGAAGGUAGACUUGUCAAAAAAGUAUAUAAAGACACCUCUGACAGAGUCACAGUUAACCACUUUACCUUGAGCACGGAUGGCAGCAAAAUAUACAUACCAGUCUCCAGCCACAAAAAGAUUGUCACAAUAGACACCACAGGCAACAUUUUGGCCACUCUCCAGGACCCUGACCUGGACUGGCCUUACAGUGUACAUGUGAGCGAGGGUGGACAUGUGUUUGUGUGCUCAACUGAAUCCAACACAGUGGUGCAAGUUGACCAUGAAGGCAAGAAGAAGCUGGCCACACUGGUCAGGGAGGGAGAUGGCAUGAACAAGCCACAUGUAGUAUGGUACAGCACCCACACAGGCAGGCUUAUUGUUGGGGGAAGACAAAAUGACAUUCUGGUGAUGGACCUACAGUAGACACUGUCAGUAGUUAAUACAGGAUACAAUGUGAAUAGAACAUGAUAUAAAUAAGUUGGGAUAUAUAUCAAUUGUAAAUGGUACUAGUAUAUUCAAAAUAGGAUCAACUAUUCAUAUUUCACUUCAUUUAAAAUGUUUGACUAAUUACAACAUGAAGGCUACUUGUGAAUGGCUUUGUACAAUGUGCAUGUGUCUCAUUCUGACAUCAAUGGCAGGAAAUUGAAAAAUGCAAUUAUCAGUGAUGAGUGAUCAAAUCUUCAAAUGUGUUGCCAUGAAACGUGCCCCUUCGAUGAAUUGGUAAAAGUACUUAUGAAGGCUUCUGAUUUGACUGUAGUCAUUAAAGUUAUGACUUUGAGAGUGAUUUUAAAAGAAUCAUAAACUAUAUAGCUGUUAGAGAGAUCAAUCUUUAAUAUCUUGUAUCAUGAUUUGUUUGUUCUGCAUUGCAUCAUUGAGUUAUAUUAUCACAUUUUACAAACAUCACAAAGCACAGUUCAACAGAAAACCAUGCCGUGAUUAUUUUAAUCGGACUUGGUUUUAAACAAAAUUUCAUUCUUUAAAGAUGUUCACAACUGACAUUCAUGUACAAAAAACGAAAUGAAAUAUAUAUCUUCAAGUUUAUCAGUUUAUGUAGAUAAUCACAUCCAAACAUUUAUGUCAGAUCUAUUAUAUGAUAGGAUUCAUAAUAUUGCUAUGUCAUGCAUUGAAUCAUAUAGCUAAUUACCAAUUACCUAUUGCACAUAACUUUCUUAUCAUUUUGCUUCUGUAUAUUUUGAUAGUCAUUUUAGUUUCAAUGUCACUGGCUGCUUUCAUGUUUUCAUUCAAUUUAUUGAGGGAUUAUUUACAUUAGAAACCUGUUUAACCAGAUUGAUAUAUUCAGAUGUGAUUAAUAUCAGUAGUAAUGAUAUCUAAAUUUGUAUCAAUAACUUACCUGGUGCAAAAUAAUAUGGCUUCAUUUAGCUCACAUAAGUUUAUAUUUUUAGCAUUAUUGGAGUUUUUAAAAAAAAAUAGUAAGGAGGAGGAAAUAAAAUAAAGUCCUAGCCCUGAAGGACAUACUUCCUCAUAAAAAAGUGGCCCAGGCAUACAGACGCACAAAUGGUCACAGUCUGUAAACUAUGUACUUCACCAAAGAAAAUUCUGGAGCUUAAAAAUAAACUUGAAAAGUGUAAUAUGUUUCAAAAUAAAAGGUUUAAAUACUGAUUUUUUAAUUUUUCAUGAACAAUGUCCUUCUUACUCAAGGUAUAGAGAUGUCCUUUGACACAUGGUAGCAACCAGGUAGAUCUAGGUCAGUUUGACUACUUGUAACGACUGCCAAAUAUUAUCUCAUGUUCAGAUUUUUUUCUGUCAUAUUAGGUACAUAACUCAUAAUGUUAUGAAAAUAUCCUUUUCAGUGUUUUAUAAAGAUUUAAAUUCUCAUUCGGUAUUAACAAAUCAACUAUGAGAGUAUUAGAAUACCUUGUGUUUUUCAUUUCCUAUAAGUGAUUGUUAAGUAGUAUUUCAGGUCAAUACUCAUAAGAGUCAAAAUCAGAAAAAAAACAUCCAUUUUACUUUGAUGACCACAAUACUAAUUUGCAGCUCAUGUUUUACAGUCAAUAUACGCAUUUUAUUUGAGAUGUAAUCCAAUUCAUUCUUGUCAACAUACGAAUUGCGCCAGCAACUUUUACAAAUACAACCCACAAUAUUAUGUCUUCUUAUUUUGACUGGAAGUUGUGCAGUUAUUCCAUAAAUUGCCGAUAACAUGCUGCUAACAUUUCACAAUGUUUACAUUUGCCUUGUUCUUUGUAGAGGAAAAAAAAACUUUUAAUAAUAAUAUCAUUGAACAUGCAAGGAGUUAUGACGUCAUUGGUAAUUCCAAUAUUGCGCUUUGAUUGGAUUAGCGCCAUUUCAUUUCACCAAUGAUAUGACAUUACAAAUAUCAUCUUUGCUAUCACAGGACGUUGUUAUGGUAACAGAUAUCUAUUCUGUUUCCCCGCAUAUUUUAGAAGUGGUUUACAUCGUAUGGUAGUAAAAAGACUGAUAAUGAAAGACAAUUGGUACACCAGUUGGUACUGAGAUGAAGAUUAAAUAACACUUUUUUAUUUCAUUUUUAUGUUGAAGGAACAUACAGCGGAAAAAAAUAAACAAUUCUUUUUUUUAAUUUUUAUUUGGGUUUUGCAAUAUUUAGGUAAGGCGCUCUCAUAAAUCUCAAUAUAUAAAAAACACUUCUGACCCAAUUUAAAACUUAAGAGCAAAGGGCAGUGCACUCUGGGUACACAGCUGUGAGCUCUUUCAGUGUUUUUUCCCCACUAUUUAGAGAAUGCUGGAAGGGCCUUUGAUAGGAGAAAAAUGUUUGGCAUAAGGGGUAGAUACUAACAAGAUUCAUAUAGUGUACAAACUUGUUUUUAAACAUCUUAUUCAACAAACCUUUUCAUGAAUGGCACUAUAUUGCUACAUUUGCUAUUAAAAUGUUGAGAGCUCAUUGCUUCUAUAAAAAGACAACUAAAGGGAUUUUUUUAGAAGAGAAAUGGGGACGAAUUUCAAAUAUUGCAGAAAAAAGACUUCUUGUUUACAUCGUGAGAGUUUAACAUUUGAAAAUACACAUUGUGCCAAUUCGAACCUGUGUCCUCUUUGAUUAGGUUUUGAGCGUUUAACAUGGUCUGUGAACUCUGUGCUCGUAGCUGUGCUCUCUUUGCUACAUCUUGCACAUUUCACAUGGGAAAACAUAAAUGGUGUAAAAGCUCAAAGGUCAGUGCACUGAUCGAGUGCAUUUCAGUGUAAAUAUGCUGCUUGUUUCUGUGCAGCCAAGUGUACAUGUGCAGUUCUUUGUGUGCAUUCUGGGUGAAAUUGAUCACACUGGGUUAAUAAGGGACUCUUUAGAAUUUUAUGGUGUAAGGCAACAUUUGUGGUUCAUUAAAUUUGUCUUAAUCUUUUAUUCAAUUGUUUAAGCUGAGGGAACACAAAUUUAAGAAUAAUCAAAUAUUGUCUUAUUCUGGGGUAGGGCAACUUGAUUCUUUGUGUGGCAACUUGUCAUAGCUUUUUUGUUUUCCACCUAAAUGUACAUGUAUGUGUGAAAUUAUUGUGUCUUGUUUGCUUCCUUAAGUUUCAACAUAUCAUUUGCGUCAUUAUAAAUAAAAUGACAUUUCCACA